CGUGUCACCGUCGCUCCCUCCCUCCUUAUUUAUGACCCAUUGCUGCAACGUGCUUUCUCCACGAUUACCUACCUUCCUAUUUAUAGAAAUAAUAGGAACGUUCCCAUUCCCAUUCAAAUUCAAAUUCAAAUUCAACCACUCUCCUUCUACCAUUGAAAUUUGGAGCUCAUACUUCCACUCAAAAUACUAAUAUUAAAAUGGGAUUGUCGAAUUUUCCUAGCCCGGCGGAAGGGGUGCUGCCGCUGCUAGUGAUGAACAUGGCGAUGUCGGUGGCUCUGGUGAAGAACAAGCUCAGAUCAUUGCUCCAAGUGGUGGGUGAUGUCGAGGACGACGGAUCGAGGACGGCGAGGACGGUGUCGAUAACACGCUAUGGCGGCGGCCCGGCGGCGGAGUGCUGUGUGUGUUUGUGUAGAUUUGAGGCGGAUGAGGAAGUGAGUGAGCUUUCUUGCAAGCAUUUCUUCCACAAAGCUUGUCUCGACAAGUGGUUCGACAACCACCAUAUUACUUGCCCGCUUUGCCGCUCCAUUUUGUAAUAUUUGCUAAUCCAAUUCUACAAUUCACAAAGAAUUUUAAAUUUAGGAAGUUUAAGUGCUCAAAUAGAGGAGCACUAUAGUCUAUAGAUAUAGAUAGAUAGAUAGACAAUGACGGUUUGAUCAGCCACUAGUCUUGUUUUUUUAGUGUUCAAUAUCUAGAUUAUAUACUAAUAUUACACGAUUUCAAAUGUAAUUUCAUCAAUAGAAAAUCUUCAUUUAUGUAACUCAUAAAGCUAUAUAUGUCUAAAAUGUUUAUACAUGGCU